AUGCCUUCCCAGGUCCGAUUCUCCGAGGGUACAAAGACCACCGAUUCCCCCAAUAAAGCCCUCAUAGGCGAUAAGAACCACACGAACAUCAAGAAGAACUUGGAUUAUCACCGCAACGAACUGCGUUUCAACAUGCACGGCAAGAUCAGCCUCAUCCCACACGCCGACUUCUUCGACCGCUUCCUCCCUUCGAUGAAGACACCCAGGUCGGAAUCCAACAGAUUCAAUGGCUUGGAAACGCCAUCCUCAGAGACAGAUAUGUACAAGUCGCUGCCUAAGGCGCUGAACAAUGCCCGCAUCUGCCCCCGCUUCAAGUUCGUCGCGCAUCCACACAAGCCUGACAAGACCGAGCACACGAAACAAUCCGUCGACAUGGGCAU